UUAUAAACACUUCAAAAGCUCUGCUCGGGCUCAGUUCAAGUUACACUUUUAUCGCGAGAUAUCUUGUAUAAAUAGUGUAUAAUAAGACUUUAAUUUUUUAGUCUAGAUCGCGUAAGAAUUGAUGUAAAAAGUGUACAUUUCUAUCUAAACUUGUGAAGUUUGUAUACUUUGAUUUUAUUCGCUCAAAAGUCAAACACCCUCAAGAUGUUAUCGGUCAAGUAUACUUCAAAGCUGGGUCUUCUGUCGAAAGCUGGCCUGGAUAUCCACGGAAUCACGAAAAUCUUGCCAGCUUUAGCACAAGCACAACAGAAACGUGAUCUGCACGAGAUGCCGGAUCGUUUCGCCGAUAUCCCGACUGCACAAAACCCGAAAUUUUUCGAUAUGGUUGAGUAUUUCUUCCAUCGUGCCUGCCAAAUCGCAGCCGAUAAACUCGUCGAAGAUAUCAAGACCAAGAUGUCCGUAGAAGACAAGAGAAAAAAGGUGAAAGGCAUUUUGAAAAUCAUGCAGCCUUGCGAUCACAUCAUCGAGAUCAGUUUCCCGGUCCGAAGGGAUAGCGGUGAUUAUGAGAUGGUCACUGGAUACAGGGCUCAACAUAGUACUCACAGGGCGCCUUGUAAAGGAGGUAUUCGAUUUUCCGAAGAUGUAUCCAGGGAUGAAGUGAAAGCUCUAUCGGCGCUGAUGACUUUCAAGUGCGCUUGUGUCGAUGUACCAUUCGGUGGAGCCAAAGCCGGUGUAAAAAUAAACCCCAAGAAUUACAGCGAAAACGAACUAGAAAGAAUAACCCGGCGGUUUACUUUAGAGUUGGCGAAGAAAGGAUUCAUCGGACCCGGUAUAGAUGUACCAGCUCCCGAUAUGGGUACAGGAGAAAGAGAAAUGUCAUGGAUAGCGGACACCUACGCUAAAACUAUAGGUCACUUGGAUAUAAACGCCCACGCUUGCGUAACCGGUAAACCAAUCAAUCAAGGUGGAAUUCACGGACGUAUUUCGGCCACAGGUCGUGGUGUUUUUCACGGAUUGGAGAAUUUCAUCAUGGAGGCUAAUUACAUGAGUCAGAUCGGUACGACACCCGGAUGGGGUGGAAAAACAUUCAUCUUACAAGGAUUUGGUAAUGUAGGAUUACAUACGAUGCGUUAUUUACAUCGUGCUGGAGCCGUCUGUAUUGGAGUUAUCGAACGUGAUGGAAGUAUCGUGAAUCCUGAAGGAAUCGAUCCUAAACAAUUGGAAGAUCACCAUAUUUCCAGCGGAUCUAUUGUUGGAUUCUCAGGAGCCGAACCGUACACUGGAGAGAAUCUGAUGUAUGAACCGUGCGAUAUCUUUGUACCUGCCGCUAUCGAAAAAGUUAUCACCAAAGAAAACGCCCAUAAAAUUCAAGCCAAAAUUAUCGCCGAAGCCGCGAACGGACCUACUACGCCUGCCGCCGAUAAAAUUCUGAUCGACAGAAACAUCUUGGUUAUACCGGAUUUGUAUAUUAAUGCCGGUGGUGUAACUGUAUCGUUUUUCGAAUGGUUAAAAAAUCUUAAUCACGUUUCGUACGGUAGAUUAACAUUCAAAUACGAACGAGAAUCUAAUUACCAUUUAUUAGAAUCCGUACAAGAAUCUUUAGAACGUAGAUUCGGUCGUGUAGGUGGUAGGAUACCUGUAACACCGUCCGAAUCGUUCCAAAAACGUAUCUCUGGAGCGUCUGAAAAAGAUAUCGUUCAUUCUGGUCUCGAUUACACGAUGGAACGAUCGGCUAGAGCCAUCAUGAAGACCGCCAUGAAAUACAAUUUAGGAUUAGAUCUAAGAACAGCCGCGUACAUUAAUUCCAUUGAAAAGAUAUUCACCACAUAUAAAGAAGCUGGAUUGACUUUCUAAGUAUUAAUUCAUUAACUGAUGGAAAAAUAUUGAUGUAAUUAUUUGUUUUUUAUUCGUGUACUCUUCUAAAAAAUUGUUAUUUUUAAAAUUCGUUUUACCCAUUGAUUAUUUUAAAUUACCGAUUAACUAAAUUUGUUUUCGAAGUCUUCCCCCGUCCUCUUGACCCUUUGAUUGUUCGUUUUAAGGUUUCGACUUUCGACGAACUUUACGCGAAACGAAUUCCCCUCUCGCCCCGCUUAUUAUAUAAAUAUCGUUCCGAUUGUAUGCAUUCCAUUGAGUGUGCUUCGUAGAGAUAGAUUUCGAUCGGGUGAUUAAUUUUUAGGGGAAAAAAUGAUAUGUUAACCAUUAUGUGGAUAAGAAUUUGCUUCGUAUGAGUAAUACCAGUAUUAACCGCCAUUGUAUGCAUUUCAUUACUUAUUCUACAUAUUUUAUGUAUUACUUAUUCGUACGAAGCAUGUAGUUGAUUUGAUAACACUAGGCAACAAUUUUUGACCUUUUCUUUGUGUUCGGGUUGAAAAUGGGCUUAAUCGAUAGUUUAGACCCUAAAACAAAAAACAGAGUGGGGAUUUUCAAUUUGAGUUGUUUUUGUAGUCAGGAGAGAUGAUCAAAGUUGAAAAAAUGGCCAUUUUUGCCCUAUUUCACGAGUUUGUGGAGACAUCAGUAUUAUGUUUCAAAAAAAACCAAGGUCAUAUUCGGAUUCUACGCACUUUUUUAAGUAAACAAUUUCACCGGAUUUUUGAUUUUCGAAGUUUCAAGCGCAUACGGAAGAUUUUUGUUUGUUACAUAUUUUAAAACUCGGAGCGCGCGACCCUGGCGUUACUCCACCACGUAAUCGUGGCUCGGAACCGUGUUCGCGCGGGCGAGGCUCUCGCUCCAAGUUUUAAAAUAUGUUACAAGCAGAAAUCUUCCGUAUGCGCUUGAAACUUCGAAAAUCAAAAAUCCGGUGAAAUUGUUUACUUAAAAAAGUGUGUAGAAUCCGAAUAUGCCCUUGUUUUUUUUUGAAACAUAAUACUGAUGUCUCCACAAACUCGUGAAAUAGGGCAAAAACGGCCAUUUUUGCAACUUUGAUCAUCUCUCCUGACUACAAAAACAACUCAAAUUGAAAAUCCCCACUCUGUUUUUUGUUUUAGGGUCUAAACUAUCGAUUAAGCCCAUUUUCAACCCGAACACAAAUAUGCCGUUGCCUAGUGUAAUUGAAAUUAGAAAAAAAGUUUAGAGUGCGACGAUAUUUAUAGAUACGCAUUUCAAUUAAAACAUUCAUUUGUUAUAUGUAUAAAUUAAACAAAUACAUGGAUCAUUUAAUUCGUU